AUGCAGGUUGGCCAUACUGGAAUGGCGGCAGAGCCGCCGACGAGGCCGAGAGGCGGCUUCGGCGACCAGAGUGCCAGUCUGCCAGCGUUGUGGCUGUAUAGUCGCCAUAUUUAUACACACGGCAUUCAGUACGCACAACUACGCGGAUUUUGGAGGCCAACGUCGCCGGAUUUUCGUCUAGGCAGGGCACGAAGCCGGAAAGACAGCGCUGGCAAGAGCGACUCGGAAACUACCGAUAAAGAGAGCAAACGAGGCAGAGAACGAAAGAAGAGGUCGGCGUCUUCUUCGAGCAGUGGAAGCAGUUCUUCGGACAGCAGUUCUGCAUCGUCUAGUUCCAGUAGCAGUGGAAGUUCGAGGUCUAGUUCAUCCUCUAGCUCAUCUUCCAGUAGUUCUGGAAGCUCAUCAGGAAGUUCUCGGGACAGAGGACGCAAGCGCAGCAGGAGCAAGAGUCCAGAGGUUAGACGGCAUGAUCCUAAAGAAAAGGAAAGAGAAAGAGACAAGGAGAGAGACCGUGAAAGGGAGAGAGAACGUGAAAGAGAACGUGAAAGAGAAAGAGAAAGAGAAAGAGAACGCGACAGGGAAAGGGAUAGAGACCGGGACAGAGAUCGUGACAGGGAUAGGGACCGUGAAAGGGAAAGAGAAAGAGAGCGAGAAAGGGAAAAGAAGAAACCCAAUGCAGUUCCGGAGAAGCCAAAGCCAAAACCACGUUCCAGAACCCCCUCUCCACGUAGAAAGCGCAGGGAAAGAUCACCCAUUCCAAGACCAACAAAAAUUCAUAUUGGUCACUUGACUCGUAAUGUUACAAAAGAUCACAUUACAGAAAUCUUUUCUACAUAUGGAAACAUCAAGAUGAUUGAUUUUCCUAUCGACAAAUUGCAUCCAGCCCAUUGCAGAGGAUUUGCUUACGUUGAAUUUGAGACAGCAGAUGAAGCGGAAAAUGCAAUGAAACACAUGGACGGAGGACAAAUUGACGGUCAGGAGAUAACUGCUGCUCCAGUAUUGAUACCGAAGACACGACCUCCUCCCAUUCGUAGAAUGUCACCGAUGAUGAAUCGUCGGGGUCCGCCACCGGGUAGAGGUUGGGGUGGCGGUGGAGGUGGUGGUGGCGGAGGCGGUGGCGGUGGUGGUAACAGACCCUCGCCACCACGUUACCGUCGUCGCUCGCCUCCGAUGAACCGACGUGGUCGCAGUCCAGCCAGACCACCGCGACGCCGACCGAGGUCCCGGUCCAGGUCGCCUGUCAACAACUCCAGGCGGGACCGACACCGACGCUACACGAGGUCCAGCUCGAGCAGUUCGCGAUAA